AUGACUUGUCGUUGUUUCGCCUCUUCCUUUCAUCCAUUCGUGAUUCUGGAGAUAAUCCUCCUCGCUUCUAUUUUUGACCUUCCUCUCUUCAUUCUGACGCAUACAAAAACCACCUUCUCGUUGCUGUUUCCCACUCGAUUAGCCAUCAUCAUCACCAAUUCAUCGUUUAGCUUCGAUGACUUGCACCGUUUAAGGCUUCAUCUCAUCUCUCUCGUGAUUCAACAUUUGAAACUGUCUCUAUUCUCCUCACAAAUCCGCUCUAUUAUCAAGAUUUUGAUGUUGAUGUUGUUACGUGAAAGAAAGAGUGAGACACUGAGAAAUAAACUCAGUGAAGAGGCGAUGUUGAGGAAUUGUUGA